AUGUCGCAAAAGCGCAAACACGCCGAAGCCUCCGAAGCCUCGUCUUCUGCGCGCAAGCCGUUCAAAAAACACCGCACUUCCAAACCAGGACCAGGUCACCAAAAGCCAAAGAAGCGACCACACGUGUCGAACGACAUUGACAAGAGCACCAGCACCCAUGCGCUGAAGAGCCGGAUACGAGAUUUGAAGCGACUCCUGGCACAUGUCGACAAUGUCGGCGACCACAAGAUGUCAGCAAGCAAUCGGGUAGAGAGGGAGCGGGAGCUGGAGGCGUGUGAGCAUGAAUUGAGGGAGAAGCUUGAGAGCAGCAGGGAAGCCGAGUACAGGCGCAAAAUCAUUGGAAAGUACCACAAGGUGCGCUUUUUUGACCGUCAAAAAGGCUCCCGGAUACUCAAGAAGCUGAAAAAGGAGCUCGAGGCAGAAGACGACGACGAGGAGAAGAAACAGGAGCUUGCGCGCAAAGUGCACAAUGCUGAGGUUGAUGUCAACUACGCGAUAUACUAUCCGCUUAUGAAACCAUACGCCUCUCUGUACCCAAAAUCGAAAAAGGAAAAAGAGGCAGAGUCGGACGACAGUGCAGAUGGCGAUGCUGGUGAAAAGUCAACCCGCGAAGUCGACGGACCCAAGGGCGAUCUCGCCAUGUGGAAGACGGUUGAGCAAGCCAUGGCAGAGGGCACGCUAGAUGCGCUGAGGAAUAGCAAAGAGGGCAUGCCAGUAUUGGUGCCUGUCAAAGAGAAGGAGAAGAAGACGAAGCAGUCAGAACAGACGGUCAAGAGCAAAGAGAAGAAGAUGCAAGAGAAACUUGCCGCAGCCAAGAAUCGCCGCGAGAGGAGAGCUCUGGGUGUCCAGGCUCAAGAAGAAGCAGAGGAAAGCGACGGUGGUUUCUUCGAGUAGCAGUUUCCCCCACUCACCAGACCAUGCUGUAUCGC